AUGUGUUUCUCAUCCAGCGACCAGACCCAAAGGGGUCCAUCCUAUGCCAUUCCAGCUGAUGAUUCCCCUCAUGAUUCCUCUGACGACGAAGAUCAGUUCAUCCACCUCUUGCACUCCCAGGUGCCAAAUCCAAGAAAAAGGCAUACAAUGUUUAUUGGGGCUCCUCAACGGGAAUGUUCACAUCAUGAGAUUCAGGUAAAAUACUUCUCAAGAGCUUGCUAUGAGGGCUUCCCCAGUUUGCAAGAUGCUCUCACCGCAUGGGACAUUGCCAUUGCUUCCAAGGCAAUUGGACCACCCUCUGCUGGUGUGCCUCGUCGCCGUUGCAGCAAUUUAGAGCCUUCCACCCCACCACGGUCCUUAAACACCAUUCCACCACUUGGUCCAAUUAGCAUGCCAUCGCACAGAGGUUCAUCCACCCUGGCUUGGCCAUUGCGUGGUUCGUCCAGUAUCUCCACUCUGCCUGCUUCCCAGACUAUAACCUGCACAAGCCCAACAUGUUCUAGGCAUGCCCCUGCCAUGACAAGCCCACCUUCAACCCCUGUCCGUCCAGCUGCUCGUGAUAAUGGCUCAGCACUCACCCCUUCUUCACCUAGCUCUUUAUCUGUUGACCCUCCAGCCACCCCUUCCUCCCAUGGCUCUGCUGCUUGUUUGAGCUCCAUCACAGCUGCACUUGAGGGACUCAACAUGGAUGCCUACUACAUUGUCAUUCGAGGACGCAAUCCUGGCAUAUAUACUAUUUGGCUGCACUUGCAGCAACCGGCAGUGACAUACAUGGGUUAUGUUGCAUGGUUGGAACUCGAGAGCUCGCCAACGCAAUGUUUGUAG